ACAAAACAAAACCCUAGUUUCCCCAAAACCUAAAGAGAGUAAUAAAAGGCCCAAACACAAGGGUUCUCACCCUUUUUCCUUUCAAAUCGUGGAACUGUUUUCAGCUUCUGCCUCUCGGGUAUGUCUUCUCUCUCUCUCUCGAUCCCUUCGAGUUAAGGGGAGAUAGUGACUUAGUUCAAGGCAUAGUGGACACGCUCGAGCAACUGGACGACUCGGUGUAACAGGAGAUUUGGAGGAGGAGACUGAAGUUUUGAACUUGAUUUCAAACAACUUUGAGAUGGCAGUUCCGUCGAUAAUACUGCCUCUUGCUGUAAACUUAAUGGGAAUGAUUCCAUGAACAGCAAGGAGAGUCUUAAUAAGGUCCUAGAAAAUGAUCAGUCAGCCACUGUAUAGCAGGAAGCUUUACACGUUUGCUGUCUACCGGUUAUCUGAAUCCAGAGAUGCAAGGUCUCUAACCAGUCUAGUCAAGGAUAUUGAUGCAAAGCUGGGGCCUUUAGUAAUCAAACCAAAAGAUGAAGUUGAUAGACAAAUAAAGGAUACUGCACACUCAACGGCUGUUGCAUCUGAAGAAACGGGAAAGAAAGUUGAAUUCAUAGGAAAGGUUGAAGAUGAAAACUUGGAGGGUAAGAACUCAGAGGCUGAUUCGCUAGAUCAAACUACAAUGAAAGCACCGGAAGACGACGCCAAAGAAUCAGAGAAUGGCUUAAAAGAUGGUGAGGAGGAAGCUGCAAGGAAAGGUUCUAAAGGUGAUAUGAGAAACGAUGUUAAGGAAAACGUUGAGCUAAAAGAUGAGGAAGCUCGAAGAGCCGAAGUGUUUAGCAAAGGAGACAAAACAAAUAACAUUAAAGGUCAUUUAUCAGAGGGAACUGAAACUAAUGCUCCAGAAGUUAUGGUAAUGGAUGAGGAUAGAAAGGAGGCAUCAAAGACUAUGGAAUCAAGAACUCAUAUAUCAACGGCUGCUGAAAACAAAGUUUCAGAAACUAAAGUUAACGACAAUAUCGAUGAAGAGAGAACACUCUGAAACUGAACUUCCACCAAAAAUUGUCAAGGACAAGAAGGAUGAAGAGAUGAUGACACGGAUAAUGAACUCAGUAGUGAUGGACAAGGCAGAUGAAGAUGAAGUUUCUGUAAUAAACUCUCCAACCUAUGCAUCAGAGAAAUUUGAAACUGAAGCUACAUUGGACAUAGUCAUGGACAAGGAAAACGAAGUGGGGGAUGAUUCAGACAAUGAACUCAAGUACUUCCACAUAAGCUGGAACUGAAGUUUCCCUAGUAAUUGUCGUGGACAAUGCAGAUGGAGUGGGAACACAACGGAAAAAGUCGAUGACUUGUCUCUCGGGUGAAGCUGAAACAGAGACAAAGAACUCAACAGCGCAAGCUGAAACCCCAUAGCUCGUCUUAAUAUAUAUUUCCAAAGCAAUAUGUGAAAUAUAUUUUCGGAGUUGUGUUUUUGUCUGCCCUUAUUAUUGAAUGAAUUUAGUCAGAAAAAUAUAUAAUUGAUCUCGUUUUU